AGACAUUUCUGGAACUCUGCAGGACGCAAAGGGUUGAGGGAAGUGACUCUAACGGGCAGCACUUUCUAGAAGAUUCUGAGAUGGUGGGCCAGACAUGCAGAGAUGCUCGUAUUCUAAAAGCGUGGCUCCAUAUGGGCAGCCUUCAUCUUGCAGAACCACAGUCACUAUGUGUGCUGGGGAAGAGAAUUGGGUGGACAAUCGGACUAUUUAUGUUGGGCAUCGUGAACCUCCUUCAGGCACUGAAGCAUACAUUCCACAGAGGUAUCCAGAUAACAGGAUAGUCUCAUCAAAGUAUACAUUUUGGAACUUUGUACCGAAGAACUUGUUUGAGCAGUUCAGAAGGAUAGCUAACUUUUAUUUCCGAUUAUUCUUUGUGUUGCAGUUAAUUAUUGAUACACCAACCAGUCCAGUAACAAGUGGACUUCCGCUUUUCUUUGUCAUCACUGUAACAGCUAUCAAACAGGGUUAUGAAGAUUGGCUUCGACAUAAAGCAGACAAUGCAAUGAACCAAUGCCCUGUUCAUUUCAUUCAGCAUGGCAAACUGGUUAGAAAGCAAAGCCGAAAAUUAAGAGUUGGAGACAUUGUGAUGGUAAAAGAAGAUGAAACAUUCCCAUGUGACUUAAUAUUUCUAUCAAGCAGCAGAGGGGAUGGAACAUGUUUUGUUACAACAACUAGUUUGGAUGGUGAAUCUAGUCAUAAAACUUACUAUGCUGUUCAAGAUACCAAGCAUUUCCUAAUGAAAGAUAUCGAUGCAUUGCAUGCUACCAUUGAAUGUGAACAACCUCAGCCUGACAUUUAUAAAUUUGCUGGUCGAAUAAAUGUUUACCAUGAUAGGAAUGAACCUAUUGCAAGGCCAUUAGGAUCUGAAAAUCUGCUUCUUAGAGGAGCUACUUUAAAGAACACAGAGAGAAUCUUUGGUGUUGCUAUAUACACUGGCAUGGAAACUAAGAUGGCCUUAAAUUACCAGUCAAAAUCACAGAAACGAUCUGCUGUUGAAAAAUCAAUGAAUGUAUUCCUUAUUGUAUACCUCUGUAUUCUGAUCAGUAAAGCAGUAAUAAAUACUACCCUGAAGUAUGUCUGGCAGAGUGAUCCAUUUCGUGAUGAACCGUGGUAUAAUCAGAAAACAGAGUCAGAAAGGAAAAGAAACCUGAUACUUAGAGCAUUUACAGACUUCCUUGCGUUCAUGGUUCUUUUCAACUACAUUAUUCCUGUAUCAAUGUAUGUCACAGUGGAAAUGCAGAAGUUUCUUGGUUCUUAUUUCCUCACUUGGGAUGAAGAAAUGUUUGACGAGGACACAGGUGAAGGACCUCUGGUGAAUACUUCUGACCUCAAUGAGGAAUUAGGACAGGUUGAGUAUGUCUUCACAGAUAAAACGGGAACAUUAACUGAGAACAAUAUGGAAUUCAUAGAAUGCUGCAUUGAAGGGCAUGUUUAUAUACCUCAUGUCAUCUGUAAUGGGCAAAUCCUCCGUGAUUGUACAGGCAUUGAUAUGAUCGACUCUUCUCCAGGAGGAAGCGGGAAAGAGAGAGAGGAGCUAUUUUUUCAGGCUCUUUGUCUUUGUCACACUGUUCAAGUGAAAGAGGAUGACAAUAUAGAUGGAUUAAAGAAAGCUCAAUUGUCCAGAAGAUCUUGUGUGUAUAUAUCAUCAUCACCUGAUGAAGUUGCUUUAGUUGAAGGAAUACAGAGGCUUGGUUACACAUAUUUAAGGCUCAAGGACAACUUUAUGGAAAUUUUAAAUCCAAAAAAUGAUAUUGAGAGGUUUGAAUUGUUAGAGAUGUUGAGUUUUGAUUCUGUAAGGAGGCGAAUGAGUGUGAUUGUUCGAUCAGUGGCAGGUGAUAUUUUUCUCUUUUGUAAGGGAGCAGAUUCGUCUAUAUUUCCUAGAGUUACAGAAGGCAAAAUAGACCAAAUACGAUCAAGAGUUGAGCGCAAUGCAGUGGAGGGACUGCGAACAUUGUGUGUUGCAUAUAAAAAGUUCACACGCAAAGAGUAUGAUAGUGUGUGCAAGCUGCUUCAGAAUGCAAAGCUAGCCCUUCAUGAUCGGGAAAAGAAACUGGCAGAGGCAUAUGAACAGAUAGAGAAAGAUCUUAUUUUGCUUGGUGCUACAGCUGUUGAGGACCAGCUACAAGAAAAAGCUGCUGACACGAUUGAAGCACUCCAGAAAGCUGGCAUUAAAGUUUGGGUUCUGACUGGAGACAAAAUGGAGACUGCUGCUGCCACAUGCUAUGCCUGCAAACUCUUCAGAAGAAACACACAGCUACUUGAGCUAACCACAAAGAAAAUUGAGGAACAGAGUUUACAUGAUGUAUUGUUUGACCUAAGCAAAACUGUCCUAAAGCACAGUGGCAGCUUAACCAGGGACAACUUCUCCGGACUUUCAACUGAUAUGCAAGAUUAUGGUUUAAUUAUUGAUGGAGCAGCAUUAUCAUUAAUAAUGAAACCUAGAGAAGAUGGGAGCUCUGAUAACUACAGAGAGCACUUUCUUGAAAUUUGCAGGAACUGCAGUGCAGUGUUAUGCUGUCGAAUGGCACCUUUGCAGAAAGCACAGAUCGUAAAAUUGAUUAAAUUAUCAAAGGAACACCCUAUCACAUUAGCAAUUGGUGAUGGAGCAAAUGAUGUCAGUAUGAUUCUAGAAGCACACGUUGGUAUAGGAAUCACUGGAAAAGAAGGCCGUCAAGCUGCAAGAAAUAGUGACUAUGCAAUACCUAAAUUUAAACAUUUGAAAAAAAUGUUGCUUGUUCAUGGGCAUUUUUAUUAUGUUAGAAUAUCAGAGCUUGUGCAAUACUUCUUUUAUAAGAAUGUCUGCUUCAUUUUUCCUCAGUUUUUAUACCAGUUCUUCUGUGGGUUUUCACAACAGCCUUUAUAUGAUACUGCGUAUCUAACACUAUACAAUAUCAGCUUCACAUCUCUUCCUAUCCUCUUGUACAGUUUAAUGGAACAACAUGUCAGUACAGAGAUGCUCAAGAGAGAACCUUCACUGUACAGGGAUAUUGCCAAGAAUGCUCUUCUGCGCUGGCGUGUAUUUAUUUAUUGGACGUUCUUGGGACUGUUUGAUGCUGUGGUAUUUUUUUUUGGUGCCUAUUUCUUGUUUGACAACACAACUGUGACCAGCAAUGGACAGAUGUUUGGAAACUGGACCUUUGGAACGCUGGUGUUUACUGUGCUAGUAUUUACAGUUACAUUGAAGCUUGCACUAGAUACACACUACUGGACAUGGAUAAACCACUUUGUGAUCUGGGGAUCGCUGCUGUUCUACAUUAUCUUUUCCCUCCUCUGGGGAGGAAUGAUCUGGCCUUUUCUCAAUUAUCAGAGGAUGUACUAUGUUUUCAUGCAGAUGCUGUCAAGUGGUCCUGCAUGGCUGGGUAUCAUUUUGCUCAUAACUGUCAGCCUUCUUCCAGAUGUACUCAAGAAGGUUUUAUGCAGACAGUUGUGGCCCACAGCAACGGAAAGAACCCAGACUAAACAUCAGUGCCUUUCUGUUGAGCAGUCCACCAUCUUUAUGCUUUCUCAGACUUCAAGCAGUCUAAGUUUCUAAUGGAAUAAAAGAUUAUGUCCAGGCACUGUCGGGACCACACUUCAGAAUUCACACCUCUUGCCUCUCUGAAAAACCCAAGAUAUAGGAGCAAU